AUUGCAACUGUAACACACAUUGCAAGUGCCAACGUGAGGAGCCAUGGCUGACCAACUCUUGCGUAAAAAGAGAAGAAUUUUUAUCCAAUCAGUGGGUGCAGGCACAAUAAACGCCUUGCUGGAUUGCCUAUUAGAGGAUGAAAUUAUUAGCCAGGAAGACAUGAACAAAGUGAGAGAUGAAAAUGACACUGUCAUGGAUAAGGCUCGAGUCUUGAUUGACCUUGUUAUCGGAAAAGGACCCAAGUCUUGCCUCAAAUUUAUCAAGCAUCUCUGUGAAGAAGACCCUCAACUUGCCGCAAAGAUGGGUUUGCACAAAGAGUGAAGAUGGAACUCUGGAGCACUUCAGAGACUUCCCAGAGCUUCUUCCAAGGGAGAAGACAUUCUUGUAAAAAAACUGAUUGUUUGAAAGCUGAUUAAUCUGAUUGAUUUACAAUAAAUCUUGCAUUCUCUCACAUUACUUGCUUCUUAUUCUUUCUCUCCCCAUACCAACAGAGGAUAAUUCAUCAAUAAUAAUGAAGGUCAUGAUAAUUGUAAUGUAACUAAGAAAGUCCCUUCCUUUUGGUUUAGUUCAUUUGCAAUCCUGUAGAGACAUGUACAGCCUGCUUUGGUGCUUUUAGCACCGAGAGUCUGAUGUAAUGGGAAUAAAAUGAAGUCCCCACUCAGAAUUUUAAA